AUGUUUUAGGAUUAGACCAAUCAAGACGAUGUCAUUAAUAGCUUUUAAGAAAAACCAAUCAAAAUGAAAUUUGGGAGUGCUGUUAGAAAAUUAACAAUACUCCAAUAAUUCUUCAGAUAUUUGAGCAAACAAAAAAAACAAGAAAAUGUAUUUCAAUCAAAAUAGAUCCAAAGAAAACGGUAAAAGUUACCCUUUUACCCAGACCAGUUAUAUUUGUGGAAACAAUUCAUGUUGCUUUAAACAGCAGUCACACUAAUGCUUUACCCAAUCUACAUAAGUCUCUCUGAUUUCAACGAAUUUGAUUCAUUAACAAUAAUUACAUUUUUGUUGGAUGCACUCUAUUUAAUUGAUAUAAUCUUAAAAUAAAUAACUUGCCAAAUAGAUAAUAAUUACAAUUUAAUCAACAACUUUUUUGACAUCUUCCUAUUCAACCUGCAAAGAUGGCUCAUCUUCGACAUCAUUAGUAUCAUCCCCUACAAAUUAUUUGCCCCUACUUUCUUUGAUUUAAUGGGAUUAAAUCUGCUCAAAUUGUUGAGAUUCAUAAAAUACUUCUGCUAUAACGAAAGAUAAAUUUAUUAGGAAUCUCAUAAUUCUUUGGAAAAGUCUGAAUAUUUUGAAAAACUUUUUCAGUUGGAUGGCAAAAUUUUAAGUAUUUUGAAAAUAUUCAAAAACAUGCUCAUUUUCAUUAGUUUAUUUGGGUGUCUCUUUCAUUCAGUUUUGCUUUAUGAAGGACUGGCACAGAAAGAAAAUAAUUAUUCCAUCUACAUCUAAGGAUUGUACUGGGCUAUUUAAACAGUAACCGUCAUUGGCUAUGGAGACAUACCUUUGACGACCUCAAUGCAAUACAAUUUAACUAUCAUCUGGAUAUUCAUAGGAGUUGGAUUCUAUUCAUUAACAAUAGGGAAUUUAGCAGAUAUCUUAGACUAACAAUCUUCGACAGAUGGCUAUGAAGAGGAUUUGGAGGCCUUGGAAACGUUAGUGUAGAAAAUCAUAAUUCCAGAAGAGUUGAGUAAUCAGUUAUUUUCUUACUUUUAAUAUAACAUUGAGAAUAAUCCUUUUUGGAAUUACAGAAAGAUAAUAGAAACAUUGCCAUCUUAAUUAAAGAUCUUUGCCAUAGCCUUUUGUCAAAAGCAAUUGAUUGAAAAUGUCAAUAUGUUUGCUUUCAACAUUAAUUUCGCUGCAGCCAUACUACCCUACUUUACAAUGUACAAUUUCAAACAAUUUGAUACUAUCUACUACAAUGGAUCUCCAAGUUUGGAUGUCUACUUCUUAGUCUCAGGAGAAGUAAGACUAUGUGAUGAACAAGGGAACACAUUAUUAAAUAUAUAAGAAGGUUACAUAUUUGGAGAAAUCGAAAUAUUAGAAGAUUGUUAUAGAAAACAGUCAGCAGUUGCCUGUAGAGAUUCUUUGGUAAUAAUCUGUCCUAUUUCACAAUUCUUAUAAUUAAUUCAAGAUGAUGAAUCUCUGCUGUUUGAAAUUGAGUAAUUAGGGUUAAGAAGGAAACUUUUACUCUAAGAGAACCUUUCUAGGAUUAAAAAAAAUGCAAAAUAACUGAAAAGAAUCAAUGUAAUUGAAGGAGAUCCAAUGACUCAAUAUGUUUAUAAGAAGUAUUUGCUGGAAAAAUAAUUCAAAGCUAAUGUCAUUAAAGAAAGUUAUUAGCAAAUUCAUAAAAGGCUAUUGCGAAGUAUCUUUGGCCAUUAAUAAGAAAAGAAAUGGAAACAUAGAGCAAUGUUCAAAAUGGCUGUGAGGAAGAUCAUAGAUCAUCUUAAAUAAAGCAAAACUUAGAAAAAGACAAACGGUGUUAUCGGCAAACAAAUGUUGCAAAACUUUGCUCAAGUUAAAUAACAGGAAUUGAAAAUUUAAAAUUAAAUCUAUAAAAACAAAAAGAAUGGGAAAGAUCAAUAAAGAGUUAAAGUGAAAGACAUCUUAAAUCAUUUUAGUUAAAAAGAUUCUGCUCCUAUGCUUAUCACUCCUUAUCCUUAUUAUGAGGAAAUCUUGAAGGAAAGAAAAGAAGAGAAGCAGUAGUUAAAAUAAAAAUAAAAUAAAAUCUAAGAAUUGUCGAAUAGAUUGAUCAAGAUCAACCUUAUUGGACAAUACCAAAUAUGUAACACUCUUUAUGAGGACUUAAUCGAAUAAAUCGACAUCUUAUAUGAUGCACAAUAUUAAACACAUGAAUCGCAAGACCAAAUGGAAUCUGUCUACUAUUAAAUAUAUUCAUUAGUUUCAUCAAUUGAUUGA